AUGCACUUUCAAUUUGAGUUUUACAGCAUUUUUUUUAUAAGAAACCAUACUUGUAGUUUUCAUACAUUAUUUACUGUGGUAUUGUUUCUAAUUUCAAUUUGCAUUGGUAGGUUUUUUGUCGAUCUCUACCUGACCCGAGACUGCCACUUCCUCACCAUCAACAGUAACAGUAAAACCACCUCUGAGGUCUGGCUAGUAGACUGUAAUUGUCCUCUUCAGUCCCCUAUGCUGGUACAGCAACGAGUUCCGGGCAUAAUUUACCACGUGGAACACAGCAAUGGGUAUCUUUAUAUUCUGACAACUCAUGGAGAGCCUGCCGAGUACAAGCUAAUGAAGGCUCCUGUCAAUAGCUCUAUAAAUCAUUGGAAGCCAAUUUAUCAUGUAAAGCCACAUUCUCGAUUGGUGGACGUGGAAAUAAUAAAGGAUCAUUGUGUUAUAUUCUUGAAACGACACAAUCAGCUUCAUAUGGAAGUGACUUCCUUAUCCAGCGAAUUGCUUUACCACUCUGUGAAGCUCCCAGAAUGGGCCUGUGCGGUUCAGCUGGUGGUGCACCCAGAACGAGGCUCCGAUCUCCUUCAGUUUUACCUGGAGUCUCCUGUACAUCAACCAAUCGCAUUUGCUUAUUCGGUACUAGAAAACACUUUGUCGAUUGAAGCCGAUCAUGCCAUUCGGAAGAGCGAGACUUGCCAAGUUUUCCGCCUGAAAGCAAAAAGCAAGGAUGGCACUUUGGUACCAAUUACUGUUUUCUGUGAAGCGGGCGAUGGACUCUCACAGCGGCCUCUUCUGGUCCAUGUGUAUGGAGCCUACGGGAUGGACUUGAGUAUGAAUUUUAAAGCUGAGAACAAAUUGCUGGUUGAAGAUGGCUGGAUAUUGGCUUUUUGCCAUGUGAGAGGUGGCGGUGAACUCGGCUGUAGCUGGCAUAGACAGGGGAUUCUGGAUAGAAAGCUGAAUGGUGUACACGAUCUUCAGGCCUGUAUAAAGCACAUUCACCAUCUGGGAUUUUCGCAGCCCUGUUACACCGCAAUUAUGGCUUCCAGCGCAGGAGGAGUUGUGGCCGGAGCUCUUUCCAAUUCUGAUCCCGGGCUUCUUCAAGCGAUGAUCCUGGAGGCCCCUUUUCUGGACGUUCUGGAAACAAUGAUGGACACAUCAUUACCACUGACUAUAGAAGAGGCGGAGGAGUGGGGCAGUCCAGCAUGUAACAUGGAACACUACAGAUCUAUAGAAUCCUAUUGUCCUUACAAGAAUAUCAGACCACAGAGUUAUCCUUCAGUUCUAAUCACAGCCUAUGAAAAUGAUCAGCGUGUCCCCCUAAGCGGAUUACUGAGAUAUGUAAAGAAACUUAGAAUGGCUGCAGAGCAAUACCUCCAAAGUUCUGAUCUGCCAGAUUCUAGAAGGCCUAAUAUAUUACUAGAUGUUCACCCUGGGAAGCCAUUGUGACUCUUUGCCGUGGGAGGAAUCAUUGCAGAAGG